UGAGAUAUUAAUGCAAUUGUACUAUACGAAUAUAAUAUCAAUAAUUAAUAAUGAUGAAUGAAAGAAUGAAAUGAAUUUUCAAAAUCUUGAAAAUCAACUUAAUGGAAGGAAUUAAAUGGUUUUAGUAACUAUUCAGCAAUUUUGGUAACUGAAGGAGACGAUUUGAAUUCCGAAAGCAUCAAAAUCGGAGCCCUAAAACGUGCAACACAACUUCCGACCCGAAUCCAGACAAAACCGAAGCAUGUAAGAUCGAAGCUGAAGAACGGGAUCCAGAAAAAACCAAGAAAGAAUCCAAACCUCGAUGGCGAUCAUGACGAGGAAGCGACGGCGCAUGAUGGUGGAAGCGGCGGCAGCGGUGACGGUUACGGCCGUCCUGCCGGAGGAUCUGAUGAUCGAGAUCUUGGCUAGGGUUAGGGUUAGCAACCCCUUGCAACUGAGGUGCGUGUGCAAGCGAUGGAAAUCGUUGGUGGUGGAUCCCCAAUUCGUGAAGAAGCACCUCCAGAAAUCGUUCUCGGACAUCACGGAUCUCGCCUCCAAAGCCAUGGAGGACAUGAACGCGUUUCAAUUGCAGCUCAAUUACGCCCCUGCAUUGGCCGAGCAACCACAAGAAGAGGAAGAAGGUGAGGAAGGAGAAGAAGAGGAGGAGGAAGAAGAAGACGCACAUUCUUUGGUGAAUGAGUUGGCUCAGUUAGAUAACAUGUUGGUGGUGGUUCGUUCUCUCAAAGGGAGUUUGGAAACGAUCAAGUUUGAUGUGCAAGCCAUCAAGGAGAGAGUUAAGUGUCUUCAGAGUUUUCUUCAAAUUUAUCUCAAGACAAGAGCUUCUUCUUCAUCUUCUUCUUCUUCAUCAUCAUCAUCAUCAUUUUCUUCUUCUCCUUCUUCUUCUAAUUCACACUCUAUCUGAUUCUCCUUUUCUUUUUUUCUUUUAGUUUUCUCAAUUUUGCAACUGUUGAUCUAUAAAUAACUUCAAAGGGUUGCCUUUUCGUUUUUUUUUUUGAAAGAAAAAGAGUGAUUUGAAAUGAAGAAGGAAGUAAUGUGGGAGUAAAUUAUUUGGGGGGUUUGAUGCCAUUGUUUGUGUUGAGAGAUGGGUCAUGUGGAAUUAAUCUUUUUUAUUUGUUCAUGUGCUUAGUUAGUUGAAUGUGAAGAACAGAACAAGAUUGCUUCCUAACA